GAAGAGCGUAACUAUUCGGGAGACGGGUGGACCGUCGCCAUUGCGACCGGAGACUGCCCCCAUGAUUUCGACUAGACGUUUACACCGAGGGACCAUGCGAACACGGGACUCCUACUUACUCAUGAAGGCGAUCAAUGGAUUAUUAAUUUCUUAAAAGAACACGAUGACUUUUCAGUCGUUGUCGAGCGACGUUACGAGGUUUCAUACCCGCUGGCUUGAGGUGAGAAUUUUCACUUGGAGAGGUGGAGAGUCUGCUAUGGACAAAGGGGAAAGUUUUUCUCAAGCUUACGAACUGUGAUUGAACUGAGUCAGCGGGUCCUCUGUCAUGUGUCCCCAGAUGUACUCCUCAGCCAUUCACACACAAUGAACAAAAGCUGGAAUGGGACCUCAGCAGCUCCGGGUACUGGGAAUGUCACGGGUGUGGACGAAGGAUUCAUCGCCCUGGAGUCGGUCUCCAUAGUGAUCAUCGCGCUCCUCAUCUGCCUGGGCAACCUGGUGAUCGUGGCGACGCUGUACAAGAAGCCCUACCUGCUAACGCCCAGCAACAAGUUUGUGUUCAGCCUGACGCUGUCCAACCUGCUGCUGUCGGUGCUGGUGCUGCCGUUCGUGGCGGCCAGCUCUGUGCGCCGUGACUGGAUGUUCGGCGUGGUGUGGUGCAACUUCACCGCGCUGCUCUACCUCCUCAUUAGCUCGGCAAGCAUGCUCACGCUCGGGGCCAUCGCCAUCGACAGGUACUACGCCGUGCUCUACCCAAUGGUCUACCCCAUGAAGAUCACCGGCAACCGGGCCGUGCUGGCCAUCGCCUACAUCUGGCUGCACUCGUUGGCCGGCUGCCUCCCGCCGCUGUUCGGCUGGUCGGCCUUCGAGUUCGGCGGGCCCAAGCGCGCCUGCACGGUGGCUUGGCACCGGGAGCCGGGCUACGCCGCCUUCUGGGUCGUCUGGUGCUGCCUGCCCCCGCUGGCUGCCAUGCUGGCCUGCUAUGGCGUCAUCUUCCGCGUGGCACGCCUCAAGGCGCGCAAGGUGCACUGCGGCACGGUGGUGGUGGCCUCCACCUCGUCCGGCCAGGAGGACAAUGGAGGAGGAGGCCAAGCGGGGCACCUGAAAGGCAGCCGCAAGAACUCCAGCACCUCCACCUCGUCCAGCGGCAGCCGCCGCAGCAUGGUGUACUCGGGCAGCCAGUGCAAGGCCUUCGUCACCAUCCUGGUGGUGGUGGGCAGCUUCCUGCUGACCUGGGGGCCGUACGUGGUGGCCGUGGGCACCGAGGCGCUCCGGGGCAAAGGGAGCGUGCCGCCGGGCAUGCAGACGUUGGUCACGUGGCUGUCGUUCGCCAGUGCCGUGUGCCACCCGCUCAUCUACGGGCUGUGGAACAAGACGGUGCGCAAGGAGCUCCUGGGCAUGUGCUUCGGGGACCGGUACUACCGCGAGUCGUUCGUCACACGGCACAGGACGUCACGGCUCUUCAGCAUCUCCAACCGCAUCACGGAUCUGGGGAUGUCCCCUCACCUGACGGCCAUGUUGGUGGGAGGAGCUCAUCCACUGGGGCCUGGCAGCAGCACCGGAGACACGGGCUUCAGCUUCACACAAGACUCAGGUACAGACGUCAUGCUGCUGGAUAACUUCUCCACCGACGGCUCGUUCUCCAACCACCACACCAGCGCCACGGGCAACCGCAGACGGAGCUCCGUCACGUUCGAGGACCAAGUGGACCAGCAUUCCAAAGCAGACCCCUCCCCCGCGGUGCAGGUCAAAGCAGAGCUCCACUGCUCCCUGGACAGCUUCGCCAGCUGCCUGGCCAUGGCCAUCGAGAGCGACGCCAAGCUGCAGAUCUUUGGGGAGGGGACCGCGGCGCCCUCGCUGCUGCCGCCGCCGCCUCCGCUGCCUGCGGCGCUCCUCACCAGCCGCAACGUCCAGCGGGCUCCGCGCUACCUCGACGGCCAGAGACUGAGGAUGGAGAGCAUCGAUGAAGGAAUAGUGAAAGACGACCAGGAGCAGCGGGACGCAGAGGGUGGGGAAAUCAAGAGAGACAGCGACUGAGCCUCCUUUCCUUCGCCGGGUGACUUUGAAAGACCGAUCAAGAGAUCUGACUCUGUGAUGUUCAUACGGUCCCAUGGCUAAAGCAAACGGAGAUCAUGAAAGGACCCAAGCAGAACAGCACAUUAGUAUCAUUGGUACAAAAGGCCGACAGCCUUACUUAAUAUGUAAAUCAGUCCUACAUUUCUCCCUAUCAGUAACAUAGGAAGCCUUAACCACUGUAUCUUAAGUUUCCACUAAAAGGACUAUUUUUUUGUUGUGUGUUUGUUCGUGUGGACAUGGUACACAUUCAUUUACGAUAUUACUAAGAGUAUAAUCUGCGGUGCGUAGGUGGUAUGUAAGCCCAAGUAUUUACACUCUCCGAAAAGAAAAGACUGCUACCUCAAAUCUAAACUCUCUCAGAGCUCUGAAAGAUCUGGCCAGGCCCAGGCGCUGAAUCACCGUCCACGACCGCGCGAACUCUGAAUGUAGCGGUACAGGAACGCGGGACCAGUUGUUUUUCUUUCCGCCCCUUUCUCCGCCAUCGUGGCGAGUCGGAACAAGACCCGCGGGCCCGGUAGAAACGAUUUGCACUUGACAAUGAUGAGCAACAGACGGACCAGCGGAUGGCACGAAGGGGAUGUUGCAAACUGUUUUGAGAUCAUCUGUGUUGUUUGUCUUGUGCUGUGAGCACCUGAAUUUUCCAAGUUUGACCACUGGGUUGAGAAAUUCCAUACUGGCUUUUUCUCUAACCCAGAAUUUUUUUUUUUUUUUUUAUUACAGUAAACAGUGUGUAGGUCAAUGCAGUUUCUUAAACAAUAAGAAAAGUACGGUGCAGUUUUUUUUUUUUUUUUUUGUGAGCACAAAUCCAUGUCAAAGAAAUAAUAGGAAGGGUUGAUGUGUUUCUUACUGUUUUGUACAAAGUGUUAAAUGCCAUUAUUUUCACAUACAUUUUGUACUGUAUUGUGGAAUUAAAUCCAUUUUUCUAUACAAUGUA